CCCCCCCCCCCCCCCCCCCUGCCCGGCCGCACCCACCUCCGGUGCUGCCAUGGUGUGAAUGAAUGAUGUCCUCCGCCCUGCCUAUAUCCCUCCCUCACACCCUGAGAUGCCGCAUUAGUCACCAAAAAGCAGCGCUCCCCCGUAUCCCCUCCAACCCUCUCCCCCACGGCGGCGCCGGCGGCGACGGAGAGACCUGCGAGAUUUCCCUCCGCCUCCUCCAUCUGCUCUGCUGCCUGAGCGCGAGGAGAGGGAGACAGAUUGGGAGGGCCUCCGUGUGGACUGCUUGCCUCCUGCUUCUUGCUCCGCCCGCGCGCCAUGACGGUGGUCGACACUGAGACCCGUUUCCACGUCCUCGCCGUGGACGACGGCGUCAUCGACCGGAAGCUCAUCGAGAUGCUGCUCAGGACCUCCUCCUACCAAGUCACCACAUUGGACUCCGGGAGCAAGGCGCUGGAGGUCCUGGGAUUGAGAGACGAGGGGGACUCAUCCUCCUCCUCACCCCCUUCCUCCUCCGCCCCUGACCACCACCAGGAGGUGGGCGUGAAUUUGAUCAUCACUGACUAUUGCAUGCCUGGCAUGGCAGGAUACGAUCUGCUGAGGAGGGUCAAGGGGUCAUCUUCAUUGAAGGACAUUCCAGUGGUGAUCAUGUCGUCUGAGAAUGUGCCUGCCAGGAUCAGCAGGAGGAUGCCCGAGCUGACCAGGAGGACACCCUUCUGCACCUCAGCCACCACACAAGGUUAACACCUGGAGAGGCUCGAGCUAUGAGCAGCGAGCUGUUACUGUUGUCGCCGUAUGCUCCAGCGGUGAAACCUCCGUCGAUUCCCUCCAUGGCCACUACCACUACCCUAGCUACCGCCGCCGACGGAACCACCACCAUAUUCUCGCUCGGCCAAGACUAGCUCCUUGAGAUCUUCCUCCGCCUGCCGAGCCUGCCGGCCCUCGUCUGCGCCACACUCACUUGCCGCUCGUGGCUCGGCGCCGUCCGCUCCUCCCGCUCCUUCCGCAACCUCUUCCGCGCCCUCCACCCGGCGCCCCUCAUCGGGAUCUUCCUCGAUGUCGAUGAAGGAAAUGUCCGCUUGUUCACCCCCUUCAGCCGCUCAGAUCCCAGCGUCAAUAAGGACAUUACACUGGCAGAUUAGCACAAUUUUUCCUUUUCAUUUUUUUUAUUAUUGGAAUGAGGAUGUUAGAAUGAGGAACUGUAUGAUAGUAGAUACGGCAACAGUGUAAUAGUAUAAUCAGGAAUAACGACAUUUCCAUCACUAUUGUGUUUUCUUGAACUGUA